UGUAAUCGAUUUAGAAGGUCCCUUCUAUCGUCCAAUAUAAUCAAAUAUCCACACAUAAGAGCUUGUGAAAUUUGAAGACCAAAUUUUUUAAAAAAAAACCAACUAAUGACUUCAAAUAUUAAAGUUAUGGUUCGAUUCCGCCCUUUAAACAAUUCGGAAAUAAACUCUAAUAAAAAUCUGUGCGUUCACUUUGUAGAUAAUACCACCGUACUACUAAAAGAUAAUUCCACGCCUUUCAUCUUUGAUCACAUUUUUGCAUCUCAUUCUACACAGUCGGAGGUGUUUGAUAAAGCGGCCAAAAACGUUGUAGAAGAUAUACUAGCGGGCUAUAAUGGGACAGUAUUCGCUUAUGGUACGCUUUCUUACUUCGUUGGACAGACCUCAAGUGGAAAGUCUUUUACUAUGUUUGGAUCUAAUAUUGAAGAUUACAACUAUAGAGGUGUUAUUCCCAGAGUUUUAGAAAAUGUAUUUACCUAUAUGGAGUACGCGCCGGUUUCGUUGGAGUUUUCUGUCAAAUUUUCUUUUAUAGAAAUUUACUUAGAAAAAAUUAGAGACUUACUGGACAUCGAGAAAACUAACUUAUCGGUGCACGAGAAUAGCGAAAAAGGUGUUUAUAUAAAAGAUGCCACUGAAUUAUAUGUCAGUUCGGUCUCCGAGGUCAUGGCUCUAAUUAAAAAGGGCCUGGCUAACCGUAAAUCUUCUCCCACAAGAAUGAAUAUAAGUAGCAGUCGCAGCCACUCUGUAUUAUUGAUAACGGUAUCCCAGAAGGAUGCCGAACAGGGUUCUACCAAAGUAGGUCGGCUGUCUUUGGUAGAUCUUGCGGGUUCAGAGAAGGUUAGUAAAUCAGAGGCGCAGGGUCUUUCACUUGAAGAGGUAAAGGCUAUUAACAAGUCUCUUUCGACUCUCGGGCUGGUGAUCUACCAUCUCACAGACGAUAAGUCUGUUCACGUGCCUUAUCGGGAUAGCAAGCUGACCAGAAUAUUACAGGAAAGUUUAGGCGGUAAUGCCCGUACCACCAUCCUCAUCACCUGCUCCCCUUCUAUCGACAAUGCGUGCGAGACAUCCUCCUCUUUGCGUUUCGGCAGCAGAGCUAAGAAAAUAAGGAAUACAGCUAAAGUGAAUAAACUUCUCACCAAAUUUGAACUCACAAAACUGCUUGUCUCUGCAAAAGAGGAAAUACGCAUCCUGCAACGCGAACUGGAGUCCCUCAAAGCUGCGUGCGGAGCAGAACGCCCUUCUUCCCCGCGGUCCAGCGAGAGAGACUUUUUAGAACUCACCGGAGAGGGCGCUCUCAGCGAAAGACUCAGCAAUACACUGGAGGAUUCUGUUGAAAAUUACAAAGCGAAAACUGUGGAACUUAAUAAACGGGUGGAAGAACUUUGUUGCUAUAAAACUUCCGCCGAUGAAAAAGUAGAGGGGCUCUGCAUUACUGUUCAGAAGCUUCUUGAAAGAGAUAAGCCCCCUAAAACCAUUUUGAGCGCUAGUAAGAAAUAUAUAGAGAAACUGAAAAGAAAACAUUUACUGGAAAUAAAAGCUCUGGAAGAGGAACACAGUAAAGCUCUUUGUAAACUCAAUCGGGAAAAUCAGGAUUUGCGAGCAAAAGUAGAGUGGCAACAAGAUACUAUAUAUUCCCUGGAAAGCGAAAAUUCGAAACUGUUGGAGCAACUUUUUCAUGAAUCCUGCAAAGAUGGAGCACUCCGUCAUAUUGAAGAGACCUUUGAGAAGCUGGUUUGUGAAAAGGAGCGCAUUGAACUUGUUGCUAGUGAGCUCAGAUGCCAACUUGAAGAAUCAAGAGGAGAGCUCAACAGUAAGGUAGAGUUCACUAAGCGUCUUCUGAUGCAGCGUCGUGAGGUAGGAAAAACUAUUCGAAAGCUCACUCGGGUCAUUGAGAAGCUAGUAGAACAGAACGCGCAGCUCAAGUUUUACCAUUUCGUUGCUGAGAAGAGACUAGUUCAAAAGGUCUCCCGGAUAACUAACCUUGAGAAACGCCUCGUGGGCCUCGGCCAGCAGCGCAUUCGGGAGGAACUGGAGUACAAGUUACUUGCUUCGCGACAUUCUAAAGUGCUUGAGUCUGGGCACUCUAGUCAAGGCCUCGCUGAUGAGACUCGGGAACAAAAAAUCGCUAAAAUUAUAAGGGGGGCUGGCCGCUUGGUUGAAGAGUCAGUUCCAUCGUCUCCGAGUCAGUUCUGGAGUAAAAAAAAUUUUAUUUAGCUAAUAAACCGCGAGCUGAGUAGAAUUUAUCUUGCUAAAAAAAGUUGAGGCGAGAUAGUCUAUUAAGCUAAGAGUAUCCUGAACUUUAAUUAAUAAAAUUUCUUAAUA